CCGACCCCAAAACUGCACACCCCGACCCCAAACCGCGCCCCCGGGGCACGGGGGGACCCCCGACGGAACCCCCGCGAUGGCUGCGGAGGGUCCCUGCGCCCCGGGAGCCGCCGGGCCGCUGCCGGGUGGGGGCCGUGAGGGCCCGGGGGUGGGGGGUGGGGGGUGGGGGUGAGGAGCCGGGACCCCUCACGACCCCCCCUGUCCCCCCAGCCCCGGCCCAGAGCGGCUGCUCGGACGAGUUCGCCCUCGACUGCACCUUCGCCGCCUGUGACCCCGAGCACACAGGGUCGGUGCUGCCGCAGCGGGUGGUCGAGUACGUGGCGGCGGUGACGGGGCACAGCGGGCACGAGGGGCGGCUGCGGGCGCUGCGGCGGGCGCUGGACCCCGCGGCCUCGGGGGCCGCGCUGGACCUGCCCCGGUUCCGCGCGGCCAUGGGCACCUGGAUCGCGGCGUGUCGGCAGGACGGGAGCGCGUGGCUUGGUGAGGAGCAGGAGGACACGGAGAGCAGCGAGCCCAGACCGGCACUGGCUGAGGAGGAUGGGCAUGCAGCCCUGGCAGCCGCCCAGCUCCAGGGUGGCAGCGGCGACAGGGACGUCACCAGCCCCGCCGAGGCCGCCGGGCUGCGCAGCCGUGCCAGGCAGCUGGCCGCCCACAACACGAAGCUGCAGCGGGACGCCGAGCUGGCCGAGGAGCUGAACGCCCGCCUGGCCGAGGAGACGGCCCAGCUCCAGGCUCAGCUGCGGAGCAGCCGGCAGGCGCUGGAGCAGGCCAGGGCGGCCGCCGAGGAGCUGGAGGACCUGAAGGCCGUGGCGAAGGGGCUGGAGGAGGAGAACGGCGAGCUCCGGCGGCAGGCGCGGCACAUGGAGAAGGAGCAGCGGAGCCUGUGCUUGCGGGCCGAGGGGCUCCAGGAGGAGAACCAGCGGCUGCUCGCCGAGGGCCAGGGGCUGCGGGAGCAGAUCCAGGCGCAGACGGCCCGCGUGGCAGACCUGGAGGCCCAGCUCUGCCGUGGCACCGCGCUCCUCUCCGCCCGGGACGCCGCCCUCGCCCAGGCGGGGCGGCGGGCGCAGGAGCUGGCGGGGGCACUGGAGGAGUACGACCGGGCGGUGCAGGAAUUGCGGCUGGAGACGAUGCAGCUGCGGCAGCAGCUGGGCCGGAUGAGGGACGCCUGGGCCAUGCGCCCCUGGUGCCCCCUUGACCAGGCCACGGACAUCGCGGCCACGGCGGCACCGAGCCGGGGGACAGGGGACACGGAGCAGGAGGAGGAGGAGGAGGAGGAGGAGGAGGGCUCAGGGCCAGCGGUGCCCGGAGCCCCGGCGGGGAGCAGCGAGGAGCCAGCCCGGCCACCGGCCCCAUGGGCAUCACUGUGGGCACCGUGGGCACUGACACUGCUGGCCCUGCUGGCCCUGCUCUACCUCCUACCCCCCCGCUGGCCCCAGCCCCAGCUGCGCCACCGGAGACCCCCACCCCUGUGAGCCCCUCUCCCCCAAUAAAGACCUGUCGGGCAGGACGGUGCCA